AUGUCCCCCAUGCGGCGGCGCAUCGCCGUCAGCCGCCGUGGAUCGAGAGCUAAGCCCCGGCACCCUGAAACUGACAGGCGCCGCCGCCGCGCUGAGGAGGUGCCCGGAGGACAGCGGCUCCCGGAGCCCCCCCGCUCUCCCCAGACCCCCCCUCCUCCUCCUCCUCCGCGGGCUCCCCCCCCUUCCCUCCCCGCCUCACCCCAGCCGGCCCCAUUCCCCUCCCUCCGCCAGAUGACCACCGCCAGCGGCCAGCAGCGGCUGGAGCCCCCCGUCCCUCUCCGCUCCUGCAGCCCGGCUCCCGGAGCUCUCCAGAUGAGCCGGCCGCCCUCCUCCGCCCUGGAGACCUCCACCUCCUCUUCCUCCACCUCCACCUCCUCCUCCUCCUCCUCCUCCUCGGCGGCGGCGGCGACCUCCAAGAGCAAGAAGGCCAGCUCGGGGCUGCGGCGGCCGGAGAAGCCCCCCUACUCCUACAUCGCCCUGAUCGUCAUGGCCAUCCAGAGCUCGCCCUCCAAGCGGCUGACCCUCAGCGAGAUCUACCAGUUCCUGCAGGCCCGCUUCCCCUUCUUCCGCGGCUCCUACCAGGGCUGGAAGAACUCGGUGCGCCACAACCUCUCGCUCAACGAGUGCUUCAUCAAGCUGCCCAAGGGGCUGGGCCGCCCGGGCAAGGGCCACUACUGGACCAUCGACCCGGCCAGCGAGUUCAUGUUCGAGGAGGGCUCCUUCCGACGGCGGCCCCGCGGCUUCAGGAGGAAGUGCCAGGCGCUCAAGCCCAUGUACCGCAUGAUGAACGGGCUGGGCUUCGGCGCCUCCAUCCUCCCGCAGGGCUUCGACUUCCAGGCGCCCCCCGCCUCCCUCGCCUGCCACUCCAACGGCUACAACCUCGACAUGAUGCCCAACGCCAUGGCCAGCGGCUACGAGGGACUCAGCGGCGGCCACCACGUCCCGCACAUGUCGCCCAACCCCGGCUCGACCUACAUGGCCAGCUGCCCGGUGACUGCCAACGGGGACUACGGCCCCGACAGCAGCAGCAGCCCCGUGCCCUCCUCGCCGGCCAUGGCGAGCGCCAUCGAGUGCCACUCGCCCUACACGAGCCCUUCGGCUCACUGGACAGCCUCGGGGGCCUCGCCCUACCUCAAGCAGCAGGGCCUCCCCGCCGCCAACGCCGCCUCCUCGGGCAUCCACUCCAGCGUGCCCUCCUACUCCCUGGAGCAGGGCUACCUGCACCAGAGCCCCCGCGACGACCUCUCAGUGGGAUUGCCUCGCUACCAGCAUCACCCGUCCCCGGUGUGCGACAGGAAGGAUUUUGUCCUCAAUUUUAACGGCAUUUCUUCUUUUCACCCUUCGGCUAGCGGCUCUUACUACCACCAUCACCACCAUCAAAGCGUCUGCCAGGACAUCAAGCCCUGCGUGAUGUGA